AUGACAAGUGCGCUGACGCCCGAAUAUGAGGAGUAUCCCCAAUAUUGCUAUCAUUUAUCCCCAACCAUCACCAAAUGGUGCCCCUUGGAGGCAAGCCAUAUCGCCAAGCUAAGGUGGCACCCGGGGUUUGAAGGUCAAGAUGAUACAUUCUUUCAUUUGAACCAUCCCAUCAGAUGGGUUCGUGUCGUUGGGUUGGUCGUGGCGAUUGACUCAUUCUACGCGCGUCGUGUCUACACUGUUGAUGACAGUACUGGUGUGUGCAUUGAAUGCACCAUUAGCAUCUCCCCGCCCGCGCCGGCAGAUGGCGAGAAAGCGGACAAGGAUGCCGAGCAGGCUGCCGAACAGGCGGCCUUGGACCCGUACGCAGAUAUUGAUGUAGGCAUGGUGGUCGAUGUCAAGGGCAACCUGAGUCUUUUUCGGGAUGAGAAGCAGAUCAAGAUUCAGAAGAUGCAGCAAGUCAAGUCGACGAACCAGGAGGUCGAGUUCUGGAACAAGAUCAAGUCUUUCCGGUCCGAUAUACUCGGUAAGCCAUGGGUAUUGGAGAAGAAGGUCCUGCGACGACUCGAGAAGGAGAACAGGACCGAUGCCAGGGGCCGCGAGAAAGAAAGCCAACGCAAGAAGAUGAAGGCGGAAUCCAGUCGUCAGGAAUCCAAAGAACAUCGGCAGCAUCGCAGUCAUGCAAGUGCAACCACUAUCCAGAAGAAGUCAUACAAACCUUCAAAGUUGAGCUCCGUGACGGCUGCAGAAGAUGGCCAAUACGACGCCCUUGGGCUUUAG